AUGCAUCUGUACGAGACUGCUGAACGCUCUGUCUACGCGUGGAACGCCGUGGACGUGGAGAUGGACGGUAUGCUGCAGCACGGCCAUGUCAUCGGUCUGGAAGAGAACGACAGCACCCCGCCGCGUCUUAUCGUCGACUAUGGUUGUCAGCAGACAGAGCUGGUGCCGUAUGGGCAGAUCUGGGACUGCUCCACCAGUUCAUCCAAUAACGUGUGCGUUGGCGGGCAAGUGGAGGUGCUGCUGCACGCCGGCCGAAACGGCCCUUGGAAAUGGUACCCCGGGAAAGUGCUGAUUAGGUCAUUCAAGCACCUGGAAAAUAUGGCGCUGGUGGAGGUGUCGAUGGGCGGACAGUCUCACCGGGAAUUGCUACCCCGCCAACAGAUUCGAAAGCCACCUGGAAAAGACGCGCAGCAAUUACUCCUUGCAGCGGGCCAUUUUAUUGUGCGGACCUGCAGUCUUCCCAACGGCUACUGGGCUCUGCAGCCGUCUGUAGCAGCGUCGCUGCUCCGACAAACUGAGCGGUAUUUGAACCUGCGAUUUGUCAAGGUUCUAAGUCAGACGGUGCUUUACUUGCGGCAGAGCCACAGAUCGAGUUUGCCCGGUGAAGAUGUGCUGAUUGGACUGGUGUUCGAAAAAAAGAAAGUCGUGCGUGAAUUUGGACAGAAAUCGCUCAUGAACAACGAACAGACGGACGAUGAUUGUGAGCCAGAGCCAAAGCAACCGUCGAGCGUCGGUGAAGGCGGUUUUACGGUGCCUCUGGAUGUGCUGAAGGAGAUCUUCCUGUCCCUGGACACCAUCGACCAGCAGCGCUGCCGCCGCACUUGUCAGCUGUGGGACGCCCUUCUCACGUCGACGGAGCUGUGCCAGGAAAUGCGUGUAUGGCGACAGCAGCCCAGCCCUUCACCGCCCACGAAGUGGGACCGCAAUUACGCCCUCUACGCCUGCCUGUUCAAGUACCUCACGCCCGCCACCCGCACCAUCUGCAUUCGGGGGUCCACACCUGUCCGCAUGCGGGCCUACGGAAUCCCGAAAGAGGAUGUCGAAAUGCUGAACUUAAUUAGGGAAGUCAUAAAGGACCCCGCCCUCCGCAUCGAGCGUUUCGUAUUGCACCAGCGAUCCAUCACGAUGGCAGAAUCAGAAUUUUAUGCACCGAAGUUAAGCGCGCUUUCCACUCUAAUCGUCGCGCAAUUGGCUAAGCUGUUCUCGUGCUGCGAUCGCGUAAUUUGGAAAGAUAAUAUCAUAACACUGUUAGGCAGGAGCCGUGUACCCGUGAUGGAGUUCCGCAUUCCCGUUGCCACCUUCGUUCUGGGACAUGUCGAUGAGGCGCAGAUUGUGGACCUGCUGGAACAACAUUUGCGCUGGAUGGGACCGCCCUUGGAUGUGCAGCGCAUUCUCCAGUUCAUGGCCGAUCGGACCGACAACAAUGUGAUGGCCAAAGUUCAGAAGAUUCUGGAGGACUACCAAUCCUGCGAUCCGCGUCCAUCGGCGCAUUACCGAAAUCACGAGUGGACACUGGACACUGUAGCCGGGGUGGACGUGGGCCAGCUGAACCGGGUGUGUCUGCACGCCUUGUGGCGCUACGUGCAGGAAUAGCGGCCAAUAUCCGCGGAUGGCAAUCCGCCCUCUGCUCAGUCCAGCGAUUCCUCAGCCAACGCUUCCCUAAUUGCGCUGAAACCCUUGAAUCCGAAAUAGAAGACUGUGAAAUUUGAAGAUAUUUUCAAGCUUAUCAUAAAUUGUUAACCAUUUUGACAGAACAGUGUGGAAGCUGUUCGGAUUUCGCCUGUUUAAGAUGAGGCGCGCUUAGAUAGUUUUCAUAACUCAUUAGUUUU